UGUCAAAGUCAAUUAUGGAGAUUUCAAAUUUUAGAGGCUUUUCGGAAAUGAUAGGAAUGGAGGACAACUCUUUUAACUUCCAAUGUCCGGUCAACUCGUUUGAUGAUCAACUCGAUUCAUUGACAACGUUUGGUGAUAGCAAGGAACAGAAUCCUAUUCAUCAAGCUAAUGUAAGUGUGUUUGAUUAUUACAAACCUGUUAUGGAAUUAUCUCCAAGACCAACAAAACAGAUCAAAACAAGCAGCUGGAAUUCAUCUAUUACUUCUGAUCAUUCUUUGAUUAGUCCAAAUAUAUCACAACAUGGUAAUAACCUUAUAACGCCUAAAGAAGAAAUGACGGUUUCUUCCAAGAACAAUCAGGGAUUCUUUGCUCAUGUCCAGUUUGACAACCAAACAAGUUCUGAUUUUAAUAAAGGUUACCAAGGUGGUAAAAAUAACACAAAAGUUUCACCGGCUCAAGAUCACAUCAUAGCUGAGCGGAAAAGAAGAGAGAAACUAAGCCAGAGGUUCAUUGCUCUCUCUGCUCUUGUCCCUGGCCUUAAAAAGAUGGACAAGGCUUCUGUUCUUGGAGAUGCCAUUAAGCACAUGAAAACCCUUCAAGAUAAAGUCAAGACACUUGAGGAACAGAUCAAAAAAAGACCAAAUACAGAAUCAGUGGUUUUUGUUAAAAGAUUUGAGAUGUUAACCGAAAGUGGUGACAGUUCUUCAUCAAAUGAUGGACCAGUUCACGAACAGCUUCCUGAAAUUGAAGCAAGAUUUUUCGGUAACAAUGUUCUGAUAAGAGUUCACUGUGAGAAAAAGGCCAGUGUUCUUGAAAAGAUUCUUAACGAAAUAGAGAAGCUUCAUUUAUCUGUUAGUAAUAGCAGUGCCAUGACAUUUGCCAAUCAAGCGCUAGAUAUAACGGUUAUUGCUGAGAUGGAUAAAGAAUUUGCAAUGACUAUAAAGGACCUAAUGAAGAAUCUACGUUCAGCUCUGAAGCAAUUUCUGUGAUGAUCGUGGGCUCGAUAUACAUUUUUAGUCCUGCCAUAAAAACGAACUUGUUUUGUUUUUGAAGUUUCUUUUGUUAUGUUAAGCACAUUUAGUAACCAUGGGCCUGGAGUUUGUUCAUCACAUUAGAACCAUUUUCAUGCCUUAUAAACCUUGUUUUGCUAUGGGGUUCAUUUUGCAAAAGGUUUUUUUUUUCCCCAAGUUUUUUCAUGGUUGAUGUCUUGGCCAUGAUGAAUAUCCUUUUGUUGUAAACUAUUAACUUUCAUGGCUACGAAACUAUAGGCAUUUUUUUGCAAGUUUUUACAGUUCUUUUUGGGUGAAUGGACAAACAGGCUUAUGAAUCAGCUGAAAGUGUUUGGUGAUGAGUGCUUUAGAGAUCUCUUAAUAUCUCUUUUUUCUUUUGUAAUUUGUAUGUACAAUGUUUUAUAGCUAGUAAUGUAAUUACUUCUUGUAAU